AUGGAUGACGAUCAGCCAACAACAACGACUACUACGCAAGCAGCAACAGCAACGACUAAUGCAGCAACAACACCCGCUUCUCCACCUUCGCAAAUGACAACAGCAUUGACCAACGCGUCAUUACCUUCUCCCAUACAACCUUUGGCGUUUUCAAGUUGGUCGUACAUGACACAGAAUGACCAGGAGAUAUUCGAAGAAGCCCUUAUUCCCCCAGAGAACUUCAAUAUGGUGUGCGAGCAUGUUUAUCGUAGCUCCUUUCCGAAAAAGAAGCACUUUCGAUUCCUUGAAAAGCUCAAACUUAAGAGUGUCUUAACAUUGAUUCUUGAGGAAUAUCCAGAACAAAACAUGAAGUUUCUUGAAGAACGAGGGAUCAAGUUUUUGCAGUUUGGCAUUGCAGGGAAUAAGGAGCCCUUUGUACAAAUACCCGAAGACAAAAUCAGCGCGGCAUUAGCGGCUAUUCUAGAUAAACGAAAUCAUCCGAUGCUUAUCCAUUGUAAUAAGGGCAAACAUCGAACAGGUUGCUUGAUUGGGUGCCUGAGGAAGCUACAAAAUUGGAGUCAUACAUCCAUCUUUGACGAAUAUCGGCGGUUUUCCCAUCCAAAAUCAAGAUCCAUGGAUCAACAAUUUAUCGAACUCUAUGAUGCGAAUCAAGUUUGGCCUCUUGUCGAUCGUCGCUAUUUACCACGAUGGCCAACGUUGGCGGAUCCCAUGCUUUAA